AUGCAUGUGUUUCAUUUCCGAAACCCAACAAACCGAUAUUGUUGGAACACAACGUUGAAAACAAACCGUGGAACCUGGAGCAUUGAUAAAAAUUGGACCAUCAUGGCACAUAUGAAUACCCAAAAGAAGACGGUUUAUAUAGGUGGUUUAUCCGAGGAAGUGACGGAGGAUGUGAUCAAGGCGGCAUUUAUCCCCUUCGGAGACAUCAGUGAGGUCCAAAUCCCCAUCGAUUAUGCCACGGAGAAACACAGAGGGUUCGCUUUUGUCGAAUUUGAGCUUCAAGAGGAUGCUAAAGCCGCAAUUGAUAAUAUGAAUGACUCGGAAUUGUUUGGCCGAACUCUACGGGUGAAUUUGGCCAAGCCACUUCGUUUAAAAGAAUCCUCAUCACGGCCAGUUUGGCAAGAUGAUGAAUGGUUGCAAAAGUAUUCAGGCAAGGAUACACUCAGCAAAAACGGCGCGGACAACGAAGAGGGAACGCUCGGCGAAGAGCAACCCGCAGAUCCCGGCUCGGCUAAACGACCUGCAUCCGAAAAUGAGAACAAAAGCGAUGAGCCCAAGGACAAAAAGCCGCGGAAAAAUCCGCAAGUCUACUUUGAUAUCAAAAUUGGCAACUCCAUGGUUGGGCGGAUUAUCAUGCAACUUCGCGCCGACGUUUGCCCGCGAACGGCCGAAAAUUUCCGCUGCCUGUGCACGAAUGAGAAGGGUUUCGGCUAUCAGGGCAGUACGUUUCACCGGGUUAUCCCAGGCUUCAUGCUUCAGGGUGGCGAUUUCACCAACAACAAUGGCACAGGCGGCAAAUCGAUUUACGGGCAGAAAUUUGCGGAUGAGAAUUUCAUCCUGAAACACGUGGGUCCUGGAACGUUGAGUAUGGCCAACUCCGGGCCGGGAACCAAUGGCUCACAAUUCUUCCUCACAACCGACAAAACUGAUUGGCUGGAUGGGAAACACGUGGUAUUUGGAUCCGUCAUUAGCGGAAUGAAUGUGGUGAGGAAAGUGGAGAAAUUUGGCACCAAAUCAGGCAAACCCACGGAGAAGAUCAUCAUUGCCAAUUCCGGAGAAUUGGUUUAGAUGUCGGACUAUACUCAAUGAAUAAAAAAACAACCUAGCCGUCAA